AUGAUCAAGGUUCAUCAUAUUGCAGCUGCUACUGCGCCUCCUUCCUCUUCUUCUUCUUCUUCUUCUUCUUAUGUCACUUCAAGGAGAGAAACAUUCACCGUAUGGAUGAAAUCCCUUGUGAUGCAAGGAAAUGGAUGCACUGUUUAUAAUGAAAAUGGUGAGAUUGUUUAUCGAAUUGAUAAUUAUGAUAAAAAAUGCAGCAAUGAAGUUUACCUCAUGGAUCUUCAAGGCAAAGUUCUCUUCACCAUAUUAAGAAAGAAACAAUGGUUUUUCAGAAGAUGGGUGGGCGAUAGAUGUAAUGAUUUAAAUCUGAAUACUGAUGAGAAGCUGCAGUUUCAAGUAAGAAAAAACUUGAGAAAUAUUCUUAAAGGAGAUUUAUCCUGUCAAGUAAUCAUGAUUUGUUUUGAUAAUAUUGGCCAAGCAAGCAGCUGCUAUAGAAUAAAAGGCUUGGAAGCUGGUAAAUCAGCUUUUAAAAUAACAGAUGACAAUGGAAAAGUGGCUGCUGAGGCAAAGAGGAAACUGUCAUCUUCAGGGGUUCUAUUAGGAGAGGAUGUAUUAACCUCGGAAGUUGAGCCACAUGUAGAUCAUUGUCUUCUCAUGGCUUUGGUCACUGUUUAUGGACUAAUUCAUCAUAGAUUGUGAACAAGUGUUUGAAAAG